GACGUAUUUAAAUUCAAACUGUACAACAUAUCAAUGGUUCAAUUAUAUAGUAGGAGAAACCUCUCCAUAAUAUCCAAGAUCCGGAACUCUGUUCUUGGUGCUACCAAGACGACGGAUAUAUCGGAGUCUGUUGGAACUGAUAGUUUACCGAAGCUCACAGGUAAUGGACCAUUUGUAGAAUUACCCAAAUUUGAGGCAUUAGGGAGCCCCACAUCGUUGCUCAAUGUGACACUCCCAGCGUCUUCAAGACUUAACAUUCGAAAUGGGUCGAUCAUAGCGAUGAAUGGGGCCAAAUUGGAUACUCUCACCACACGGGUGAAGAACUUAUCUCACAUACGACCAUUGUUAUACCAAGAAAUGCUGAGUGUUUCACCUGUUUCACUCUUGGUCAGUGGAGGACUGAACUUCACAAUCCUUGAUGCAUCAGAGGAGAAAAGCUGGGCUAUUGCCAACGUACAAAACGUGGUGGCAUGGACAGGCUUCAAUCUUGAACUUGUUCCUCAGGCAAGACUAUUAAGUGGAGGGAAUGGGAUUUAUUCACUUUCCAACUUUACUGGCCUUAGAACUGAAGGUAAGGGGAAACUUGUAUUACGAUCUCAAAGUGAUCUCUUUGAUGUAAAGUUGGAAGCUGGUGAACAACUUCUUCUUAACCCAAGUAAUUUAGUUGCACAUUCAUUCACAAAAUCUGAAGGGGGAACCUUUGCAAAAUUUACAACUUUGAAGAGUGAAAGAUUACAAUUUCCUCCUUCAUUCAAUUGGAUAGAACGAGUUACGAUUAGAUUGAGGGGAGUUUCCAAUUGGAUACAAAACGCUACAAAAUAUGUAUAUAUAAAAUUAGGUGGCAAGCCUUCUUCAACCAAGAGAGUAACUAAAACUGGAACAAGUGAAGUUUCUAAAUCAAUUGGACAACUCACAAAAUUUUCCAGUAAAUUUGUCAAUUUCAUCUCUUCACAAUUCACUAGAUUGAUUCGAAGUGAAGUGUACUAUCAAGUUGAAGGGCCAUGUGAACUUCUUAUCAGCAGUGGCAAUGGGAAAUCUCACUCCAAGACAUUCACUAAAUCAGAACUAGACAGUAUAUAUGAAACAUUAAAAUAGAGUAGAUAGAUGGAGA